CCGGACCCUGCUAUUGACCGUUUCAACGUAAUGCGUGAAAGUGCAUACCUGAACUUUCGGUGGACAAGGCGGACCACACGGACUGCCCUUUACGGUUUCAUCAUCGUUCCAGUACUGCUCUACUACAUCACAGACCUCACAAACCAACGGUGGAACUGGAAUGGGAAGCGCAAGGGUCAAUCAUUAAGCGCCAAAGCAGAGAGCUCCCCGUAGUUCGAUACUCUGCAUAUGCCCGAAACCCGAAUAGACCCGUUCAAA